UAUAUCAAAUGUGAGAGAUAACAUGCAUCAAUAAAUUGAUGUGGGUUAUAUACAUUUUUCUAUCUUGUGCUGUAAUUGGUAAAUAUAGAUAGGUUGUUACAAAGUUUUUAAUACUAAGUAUAUUUAAAUCAGCUAAUUAGUAGUAUAUAGUUUUAUUACGGAUUAAUCAGGAGUUAAUAGAGAAAAUAUGGGGGAAGAACACUCUCAUUCUCAUGAUAAACCCUUCUCUGAUCAUGUUUCUGAGAAAGAAGAUAUCAACGACAAUCCAAUAGAAGAAGUGAGGCUAACAGUUCCCAUAACAGACGAUCCAACACUUCCUGCACUAACAUUUCGAACAUGGGUAUUAGGCCUUGUCUCCUGCAUCCUGCUGGCCUUUGUGAACAAAUUUUUCGGGUUUAGACAAAACCCGUUGUCUGUAUCAUCAGUAGCAGCCCAAAUUGCUGUUACACCAAUAGGAAGGCUAAUGGCUGCCACAUUACCUACAACACCUAUCUUUAUACCCUUGACAAAAUGGUCCUUUUCUUUGAAUCCAGGACCUUUUAAUUUGAAGGAGCAUGUUUUGAUAACCAUUUUUGCUAGUUGUGGUGCUGGAGGUGUUUACGCUACUCAUAUUAUUGCCAUUGUCAAGGCUUUUUAUCAUAGAGACAUGAGUCCUGUUGCUGCCAUUUUGCUCGCUCUUACUACUCAGUUGCUUGGGUAUGGAUGGGCUGGUCUAUUCAGAAAAUACCUAGUCAACUCCCCGUAUAUGUGGUGGCCAUCAAAUCUGGUCCAAGUCUCUCUUUUCAGGACCUUACACGAACACGAUAUAAGGACUAAGGGAGGACUGACUAGACUACAAUUCUUUCUCAUGGUUAUAGCUACAAGCUUUGCCUACUAUGUUGUCCCUGGCUACCUCUUCCCUUCGAUUGGAUGUCUUUCGAUCCUCUGUUGGUUAUGGAAGCGUAAUAUAUUUAUGCAGCAGAUGGGCUCAGGACUUCAUGGACUUGGGAUAGGAGCUUUUUCUUUUGAUUGGAAUGCUGUGAUAAGUUUCUUAGGAAGUCCCUUAUCGACCCCAAGCCAUGCCAUCAUAAAUACUAUGGCCGGGUUUUUCUUAGUAGCGUAUCUGAUUGUUCCUGCUGCUUAUUAUUCAAAUGUAUAUGAGGCUAAGAGGUUUCCAUUUAUUUCCUCUAGUACUUUUGAUCAUACUGGCCAUAUGUACAAUGUUUCUCGAGUCAUGGAUAAAAAUACAUUCAGCUUGGAUAUUAAGUCUUACAAUAGUUAUGGCAAGCUCUACCUCAGCAUCUUUUUCGCCCUUACCUAUGGACUGAGCUUUGCUACACUUUCAGCUACGAUCUCACAUGUCGCUCUUUUCCAUGGAAAGUCAAUUUGGCACUUGUGGAGCCAAACAACUUCAGGGAAAAGUGGUGAAUUUUCUGAUGUACAUUCCAGAAUAAUGAAAAGAAACUACACACAAGUACCUCAGUGGUGGUUUCACAUACUAUUAGCCGUUACAUUCGCCCUAUCUUUGCUUGCUUGCGAAGGCUUCUCUAAACAGCUCCAACUCCCAUGGUGGGGGUUGAUAAUGGCUUGUGGAAUUGCUGCCUUUUUCACCUUACCAAUUGGCAUCAUAACUGCUACAACAAACAUAACACCUGGUCUUAAUGUGAUAACAGAGCUGAUCAUCGGAUACAUAUAUCCGGGGCGCCCCCUUGCUAAUGUUGCAUUCAAGACAUAUGGUUAUAUUAGUAUGACACAAGCACUUUGGCUCCUUCAAGACUUUAAAUUAGGACACUACAUGAAGAUCCCUCCUAGAUCUAUGUUCAUUGUCCAGCUAGUUGGAACUAUUGUAGCAUCUUUGGUCUACUUUGGGACAACAUGGUGGCUCCUUUCAACAGUCGACAACAUUUGUAAUGUAUCAUUGCUUCCUGACGGGAGUCCUUGGACAUGUCCAGACGAAGAGGUUUUCUACAAUGCAUCGAUCAUAUGGGGAGUCAUCGGUCCUGCCAAAAUGUUCACAAGCCGCGGCAACUACCCACAGUUGAACUGGUUAUUCCUCAUUGGAUUUCUUUUGCCUGUUCCGGGAUGGUUUCUAUCGCGCAAGUACCCUCACUUAAAAUUCUUUAAGCUCAUAAACAUACCUGUCAUCGUAUCAGCAACGAUGAUGAUGCCACCUGCUCGGUCUAUCAAUUACUUGACAUGGGGAGUUGUAGGAUUCUUCUUCAACUACUAUGUUUACAAAUCAUACAAAGGAUGGUGGGCGAGGUACAACUAUAUAUUGUCUGCUGGUUUAGAAGCAGGCAUUGCUUUCAUGGGAAUACUGCUUUACUUCUGUCUGCAAACCAAGGAUAUAUUUGGUGUUCAAUGGUGGGGUUUAGAACAAGACGAUUACUGCCCGCUUGCUAAGUGUCCUACUGCCCCAGGUGUUCGAGUUGAGGGAUGUCCUGUUCUAGGAUAGUAUGAUUUUUGGUGAUAGUGAAAGUAGAAGUAUAAUUUGCAGAAAAUGUCAAGUGUAUAUCUAUGUUAGAUGAUUAAGAUUCUCUCUAGUAUCUAGACAGUCUAGUUAAUACAAUACUUAAUUAAUAGAAAGAUUAAAGGGUGCAUUUGGGAUUGGAUACAGUUUUCUUUCAUUUUUGAAAUUUUCCUGUCACUCAUUCGAGUAAUUGGAUGGUCGCUUCUUGUGUAUAUAUUGGACUAGACAAGUGAAAUGAAUUUUG